AUGUCACCUGCCUUCUGUCAGCCCAAGACACUGCGGCUCCAAAGACAGCCCAAGUAUCCUCGGAAGAGCGCUCCCAGGAGAAACAAGCUUGACCACUAUGCCAUCAUCAAGUUCCCCCUGACCGCAGAGUCAGCCAUUGCGGCCAUGAAGAAGAUAGAAGACAAUAACACACUUGUUUUCAUUGUGGAUAUCAAGGCCAAUAAGCACCAGCUAAAACAGGCUGCAAGGAAACUCUAUGACAUUGAUGCGGCCAAGGUCAAUACCCUGAUCAGACCUGAUGGAGAGAAGAAGGCAUAUGUUCCAUUGGCUCCUGACUACGAUGCCUUGGAUGUUGCCAACAAAAUUGGGAUCAUCUAA